GCGGCUAGUUAGUUAUUUAAGCAACGACAAGUCUGUGUUACUUUACACUGACUGGACUAAUGGCCACUGGGUUACCCGUUUAGUUAUUAAUGAACGCUCGUUAGCUAGCUAGUUAGUUAAUUAAGAAACGUUAGCUAGCUGACGCUGUAUUUCGGUUGCACACUGGUGAUAGACGCGUCCAGUGUUGCUCUCGUCUUUUGUGGAUAACGACACAAAGUUUGGGCUUGUUUUUGUUGUAAUCCUUGCUUUCAUUAUGCAGAAUGGACCAAACUUUUUUUUUUUUACUUUACUAGUAUCUCAUGAUGUUUGCGGUCCUUCCAAGUUAAACUCGUUAAACUGAAAACUUUAACUAAUCUGCCCCAGAGCUUAUCCACAGCCUUGUAGUUCCGGCUGUUGCCUAUUUAAACCUUUAUUCUCUCCUCUUUGUAUCUCGCGUGAGCGUCUGCUGUUCCUGGAGUGAGCGCGUCUGUGGUCGGACCUCUCCACCCUUGGAAAAGCGAUUAGAAAUUCCUGGGCCGCGCCAGAGUCGUUCCUGCUUCCAGCCUUUAUCUUUGGCUGUGUUUGCCCUGAAGGCAGAGCUCAGCCCGUACUUAAAAAAACGUCUGUGUGUACUGUAAAUAACAAUGGUGUGUCUAGAGGCCCUUAAAUGUCAGGUCAACCCUGGGAGUAAAGCGGCACAGGCCAAUCUCUGCAUCGGCGACAUAAUCUUGUCUAUUGACGGAGAAGCCACAGAGAACAUGACUCACCUGGAAGCGCAGAACAAGAUCAAGGGGUGCGUGGAGGAGAUGGCGCUCUCCAUAGACAGGUCAGAAAGUAAACUGUGGUCACCGCUUUCAUCUGAGGAGGGGAAGACCCAUCCAUACAAGAUGAAUCUUGCAUCAGAGCCACGGGAGGUCAAACACAUCGGCUCAACCCACAACAGGAGCGCGCUACCCUUUGGCCCGAAGGUGGUGACCAACCAGUACAAUAGCCCAUCCGGUCUCUACUCUUCAGAAAACAUCAAAAACUUCAAUACAGCUGUGGAAGAAGUUAAAACGGUGGCUGCACCCAGUGAACCCAACAGCAAAGCCUCACCAGCCCCAGCAGAUCAAUCAAAGGGCAGCAAACGGCCGCCUUUAGCAGCAGAGUCAGAGGUCUAUAAGAUGUUGCAGGAGAACCAAGAGUCUGAGGAGCCUCCUCGCCAGUCUGCUUCGUUUAAGGUGCUUCAGGAGAUUCUUGAGACAGGUGACUCCGAUAAGCCCUCUGGCUUCAGGAGUGUGAAAGCCCCUGCAACAAAGGUUGGCUCCUCAGUGGGGAACGCAGACCAGUUACCCAUCUGUGACAAAUGUGGAUCUGGGAUUGUGGGGAUGGUGGUGAAGCUGAGGACAAAGCUCCGUCACCCUGAGUGCUACACCUGCGCAGACUGCGACGUCAACCUAAAACAGAAGGGACAUUUCUUUGUGGAGGACCAGAUUUAUUGUGAGAAGCACGCACGUGAGCGGGUGACUCCACCUGAGGGCUACGACGUGGUCACAGUCUUCCCAAAGUAAAGCCCUGCCUGUAGGGUUUGAACUGCAAACCUCGACAGAACAGAACCACAGAACCCAAAACAUCUCAAAGUUAGAAUGCUCCAAAACCUAUCAUGGUCUUCUCUUACAGUCUAUUUCAGCACAGUCACUGGUGACGGGACAGUAAGGAAACAGAUUUGAAAAUGUUCAUUUGCACAUUAGGUUUGGCAUUUGUAUAAUCUCAUUCCCUUUUUUUUUUAUUAUUGUUGUAAUGACAACCACUGUUUAGUAAUUUUUGUAUUCAUUAGUUGCUCUUUGGAAUCACAAAUGGAAAAACCAGACUACUUUAACCACAAGAGACUUCAUGUUUUCUACUUCUUUCUUUUGUAGACCCACUUUUAUGCUGCAAAUACACUUGAACAAAUGUUGCCAAAUAAAUAUUUUAGAUUAAACCAGG